CAAUCUAAUAAAGUGGAAGAAACGUUUUCUCAGGCCCCUACGGCGCGUGCCUGAAUGCAACCUCACCUAGGAAGCCAUCCGCCGAAGGAGCAGCUUCCCCCAAGCGAGGGCCGAGGAGGCUCUGUUCGUUCUCGCUACUACCCGGGUCUCCCAUGCCGGGAGUAACAGCCUUUUCUGCCAGGAGGGGCAAGAGCGGUUGUGCAGCCAAAGGGGUUUUCUUGUUGCGGGAAGGCAGAGCGUUCCCUUCCUUCUGAACAGCCCGGAGGCGUAAAUCAUCGCCCACCCAGCACUGCCACCCUGGAGAAUGGGAGCCGGCGGAGCUCCUUGGCAGCUCCUCUGUUUGUUUUGGAACAAAGAUGCUUGCUGCUAGCAAGAGUUACAGUUCAGACUGCUGAUGGAUGAAUGAGCUGCAAAUACUAAAGGCUGAGAGAGAUCGAGAGAUCGAGAGAGAGAUCGAAGGGCUACUCCAGCCAUCCACGCUUUUCUCCUUGAAGAAUUUUGGACAUCGUGGAGAUGAGGAGCCGGAGCAACUCUGGAGUCCGUUUAGAUGGCUACUCUCGGCUUGUUCAACAGACCAUUUUGAAUCACCAGAAUCCUGUUACGGGACUGCUCUCUGCCAGCACAGAACAAAAGGAUGCUUGGGUACGUGAUAACAUAUAUAGCAUUCUGGCUGUGUGGGGCCUGGGGAUGGCCUACAGGAAGAAUGCAGAUCGGGAUGAAGAUAAAGCCAAAGCCUAUGAAUUAGAGCAGAAUGUUGUGAAACUGAUGCGGGGACUUCUGCAAUGUAUGAUGAGACAGGUAGAUAAGGUUGAAAAGUUCAAGCACACACAGAGUACCAAGGAUUGCCUGCAUGCCAAAUAUAAUACAGCCACUUGUGGUACAGUAGUUGGAGAUGAUGAGUGGGGACAUCUACAAGUAGAUGCAACUUCGCUUUACCUUCUCUUCCUGGCUCAGAUGACAGCAUCAGGAUUGCGUAUUGUAUUCACCCUUGAUGAAGUUGCCUUUAUACAGAAUCUUGUGUUUUACAUAGAGGCUGCCUACAAAGUAGCUGAUUAUGGCAUGUGGGAACGUGGUGAUAAGACCAAUCAGGGCAUCCCCGAACUAAAUGCAAGCUCUGUGGGAAUAGCAAAGGCUGCACUGGAAGCAAUUGAUGAAUUGGACCUUUUUGGAGCUGGAGGAGGACACAAGUCAGUUAUUCAUGUCCUUCCAGAUGAAGUUGAACAUUGUCAGUCUAUUCUAUACUCCAUGUUGCCAAGAGCAUCUACAUCAAAAGAGAUUGAUGCUGGACUUUUGUCCAUUAUUUCUUAUCCAGCCUUUGCCGUGGAGGAUAUGAACGUUGUUAAUGCAACAAAAAAUGAAAUUAUCACCAAACUGCAAGGUCGGUAUGGCUGCUGUCGUUUCAUUCGAGAUGGCUAUAAAACACCAAGAGAGGAUCCAAACAGAUUACACUAUGAUCCCGCUGAGCUCAAGUUAUUUGAGAACAUAGAGUGUGAGUGGCCUGUAUUCUGGACAUAUUUUCUAAUCGAUGGAGUGUUCAAUGGAGACAGGAUUCAGGUGCAAGAAUACAGAGAAGCCUUGGAAGGGAUACUCAUUAGAAAAAAGAACGGGAUUCUUCUGAUGCCAGAACUGUAUGCUGUUCCUCCAGAUAAGGUGAAUGAAGAGUAUGAGAACCCACACACAGUGGAUCGUGUUGCAGCUGGAAAGCUUCCUCAUCUCUGGGGACAGUCAUUAUACAUUCUCAGUGCUCUCCUAGCAGAGGGAUUUCUAGCUACUGGUGAAAUUGAUCCCUUAAACAGAAGAUUUUCAACUGCUUUUAAGCCCGAUGUUGUUGUGCAAGUAAAUGUCCUAGCAGAGACAAACGAGAUUAAGAAACUCUUGAGACAUCACGGAAUCAACGUUCAGAGCAUUGCUGACAUUAAUCCAACUAGAGUGCAGCCGGCGCGGAUACUGAGCAGUCUCUAUGCCAAGCUUGGCCGCAACAAGAGCAUGAAACUAAGUGGGAGACCUUACCGACAUAUUGGUGUCCUGGGAACAUCCAAAUUAUAUGUUAUAAGAAAUCAGACCUUUACUUUUACCCCUCAGUUUACAGAUCAGCAUCACUUUUAUUUGGCUUUAGACAAUCGGAUGAUUGUGGAGAUGUUACGAACAGAGUUGGCAUAUCUCACCUCCUGUUGGAGGAUGACAGGGAGACCAACCCUCACUUUCCCAAUUACCAAUACAAUGCUUAUUGAUGAUGGCUCUGACAUUGAUCCAGCAAUUCUUGCCACUGUAAGAAAACUUGGGGAUGGAUACUUUGGAGGGGCUAGGGUUAAGUUGGGCAAACUUUCGGACUUCCUGACUACUUCCUUCUAUACAAAUCUCAGCUUUCUUGAUCCUGAUUGUGAUGGGAAACUAUUUGAUGAUGAUAGUGAGGGCUAUUCUAGUCCUGAAAGUGGCUAUGAACUCGAAGAUUAUGCAGACUUCUGUGACAAAGAAAGCCAGGAUGAAUUGGACCAGUAUAUAAACAGUAUGUUACAGAGCACGGCUCUUAAAUCGUACUUACCUCCCAUCACAAAAACCUCUGGCUCACCGUAUGUGUUUAGUGCUGCUCAUUCCACUAGAGAAAUACUGUCUAUCAUGGCCAAGGCUAAGGGACUGGAUAUACCAAAUGUUUCAAUGUCUUUGCCUACAAAGGUUUUAAACACCCACCGGAAAUCUCUGAACCUUGUUGACUCCCCAAAUCCAGUAGUGGACAAGGAGCCAGAGGCUGUUCUUCGUUUGCCCAAGGAUGCUCAUGGAGAUUUGGACUGUGAGAAAUUAGUUGGACAGCUAAAGGAAUGCCCUACUUUACAUGACCAGGCAGAUAUAUUAUACAUCUUGUAUCUAAUAAAAGGUCUCGACUGGGAAACGCAGCUCUAUGGCCAGUGUGGAAUCACAGUUCACUGUCUUCUCAAUGAGCUCUACAGCAAAGCAGGCCAGAAUCAAGAAUGGGGAUUGAUCCGCUACAUAUCUGGCAUACUCAAAAAAAGAGUAGAAGUCCUGGCUGAGGCAUGCACAGAUCUUCUGUCGCACCAGAAGCAGCUUACCGUUGGCCUGCCACCAGAGCCUCGUGAAAAAACAAUCACAGCGCCUUUGCCCCCUGAGGAGCUGACAAAACUCAUUUAUGAAGCCAGUGGCCAAGACAUCAGCAUUGCUGUUCUUACGCAGGAAAUCAUUGUGUACUUGGCUAUGUAUGUCCGGUCACAGCCCAGCCUCUUUGCAGAGAUGCUCAGACUCCGCAUUGGACUCAUUAUUCAAGUGAUGGCCACAGAACUCGCUCGGAGCUUGAAUUGCUCAGGUGAAGAAGCCUCUGAAAGCUUAAUGAAUCUAAGCCCCUUUGAUAUGAAAAACCUGCUUCAUCAUAUUCUCAGCGGGAAAGAGUUUGGAGUCGAAAGGAGCAUGCGUCCCCUUGAUUCCUGUACAUCGAGCCCUGCUAUAUCUAUUCAUGAAGUGGGUCAUACAGGAGCAACUAAAACAGAACGAAGUGGCAUUACUAGGCUGAAGAGCGAGAUGAAACAGAGACAUAGGAGACUAAGUAGUAAUGAACAGUUCUUCUAUGGGGGCCAUUCCACAUCCAGCAGCAUGCACUCUUCCAGGUCCAUGAGAUGUAGUAGCCCGUCUUCUCCUACCAGUACGUCGUCACUUACAGGAUCUGGUGGACACUGUAUUAGUUGGGGAGAUCGACAAGGCCAGUGGCUUCGCAGGAGGCGGCUGGAUGGUGCUAUUAACCGAGUCCCUGUGGGUUUCUAUCCAAAAGUAUGGAAGAUCCUUCAGAAGUGUCAUGGCCUUUCCAUUGAUGGCUAUGUCCUUCCGUCUUCAACGACAAGGGAGAUGACUGCUUGUGAAAUCAAGUUUGCUGUCCAUGUAGAGUCAGUGCUGAACCAUGUACCCCAGCCAGAAUACAGGCAACUGCUGGUGGAGGCCAUCCUUGUACUUACACUGCUGUCAGAAAUAGAGGUGAACAGCAUUGGGGGUAUCAUUCAUGUGGAUCGGAUAGUGCACAUAGCAAAUGAUCUCUUCCUUCAGGAACAGAAAUCCCUUGGAGCAACUGAUGGCUUCUUGGAACAAGACCUAGGCACUGGUAUCUGCUACUUUUUCUAUGAUAGUGCCCCAAGCGGUGCUUAUGGAACUAUGACUUACCUCACAAAAGCGGUGGCAAGUUACCUGCACGAAUUUCUUCCAAGCACAGGUUGCCUGAUGCAAUAAACUGCCUAAAAUACAAAAA